AUGAAAUUUUACAUCGCAUUUCGAUAUUGGGAACGGCUUUCAAUGGCGACUAACAAUCUGAUCGCCCUCACAGCUUUAGCAAGCUACAGUGGGCUCCAAGUUGUUGUACCUUUUGUAAAUGAUUCACAGUUUUUUGGUUAUAAAAUGAGCAGUGAUGACACUCAAACACUGGCAUUGUACAGUACUACAAUCUGAGCGCAUUUAGGAACACGCUUCGUUCACAUGGAUACAGCACUUUAGUGAACUGGGAAACAUUUCAGAGUGUUUGCCAAGACAAGUUGGACUUACUGAUACGAUUUAGUUAUGGUAAAGAAGCUUUCCGCCGACAACAAACCACGGAAAUUCAAAGUCUCCAAACUAGACGUGGCUUCAAUAUAUCGAAAACUGUUGGCGUGGAUUCCGGAAUGCUUCGAUCGAUUGAUUCUUUUGUCGACAAAGUGGUCAAAGGAAGUAAGUGCGUUGGAAUCGAAGAGUGGAGAGGAAACAAGGAGGUCUCAUAUUGAGCUUUCUUUCCACUUCCAAUAGAUAUCCAUUAUUCCCUUUUACCGCACCAUGUAGCAUUUUUCAAUGAGAAACUUUUGGAAAUUGUUGAUGACUUUAUAAAUAAGACUCUAGGUUCAAACUACAUUUCCCAUCACAUUCGCGCGGAACAGAUUUUGAAACAGUUCAAAUGGUAAUUUUACCACUUUGGUCAAUUGUAUCAAGAAACAGGCAUCACUGAUAAAGAACAUUCGAGCGCGUCAUCCUAAUUACAAUAAACUUUUUGUUGCUGUAGAUUUCACAACGUUUGGUUUGCAGUCUACAGAUGUCUCAGAAGCAAGUAGAAAAGCCUCUUAACUCUUAAAGCAUUUAAAUGAACUGUUCGACAAUAUGGUCUUUUUACAGCCGCAUUUCUAUAAUAUUAAAGACAAAGGAGCCGUAGCCAUUGUUGAAAUGGCCCUUCUUAUUUCAGGGAAACAGCUAUUCUUAACCGGAGGGGGAAGUUUUGAAUAUACCAUAAGAGCACUGUUUAUCAAAAGAAGCCCAUUCAGUUUUGAUAAAGUGCAUGAGGUGUGUACGUGGUAG